AUGGAGGGGAAGCCCCGCGCCGGGGUCGCGCUGGUCCUGGGGCCGAGCGGCCGCGGGCCUUCCGCUCGCCGCGCCCGCCGCCGCCGCCCGGGGCUGCUGCUCCCCGGGCUCUGGCUGCUGCUGCUGGCCCGGCCGGCCUCGUGCGCCCCAGAUGAGCUCUCUCUGGAACAGCACAACCUUUCUCGCUCCUCCGAGGAGCUCGUGCCGAAGAGAAGCCCCACGCACAGUGCUGCACAAGUGGCCUUAACGGAAACCGCCCCAGGGUCCCAGCGGAGCAGGGACCUCCGUGUCGUCUCCUCUCCAUCUGCCACUACUUUUGAUAUGACCUUUUUUAACCAAGGAAAAUGGACCCAAAGUACAGCCGACCACAGCACCUUUGUGGCAAGUUACAUGUCGGUAACGAGCAAUGAGGUGGCCAUCGAUGAGGAUGAAAUGGAUAACUUUCUGCCAGACGCUCACUGGACCACCCCACGGCUGGCUUCUCCAGUGCAGUAUAUCACGGUCAGCUCGCCACGGCUGCCCAAAGACCCGUCGGAACCCAUGCUCACUCCGGCACCACCUGUGAUCUCUUUACACGAUAGAGAGGUGACGUCAGCCUGGCAGACCACAGUGCAGGAACCGGCAGCACAUGCCGAGUCCCACAGUCAUUUCAGCGCCUUCCGAUCAGCUUUUUCCACCUCCGAGGGCAUGAUUCCAACUCCUAGUAGGAAUUUGGUGCUUUAUCCUCCUGAUAUUUACAGUCAGUUAUCAAGCAGGACUUUGCCAGAGAUUGUGGCUUCCGUGACGAAGGAGGUGGAAACCACCCUCCUCUUUAGCUCUGGGUCUUCAGUGCCUCAGCCGUCGGGCGAGGGCAUCACUCACCGGCUGUCCCCCUCUCUGGGGGAGGUCUCACGGCCUCCAGAGGAGGUUUCGGCCGCAAGUCCAGACAGAUACCCUGAGGUGACCAUUGCGUUGAGUCAAAGUCUAGAAGAAACCGUCUCUCCAAGAGCAUCCCCUGCUGUGACUGUUUCCCACGCAGCCCUUGCACUCAGCAGUACACGUUCCGCUUGGGUUUCGACGCCCCUUGCGUUUGUACCCUUUUCUACUCAGUCAGCUGACGUUUCGUACAACCCCUUCCUUCCCAGCGGCUCCAGUGAAACGUCAGAAUUGCUCGGCAGUUCGGUGGUUCCCGGUCACGCGGGCGGCACUCACGUCCUGAGCCCAGUGGUGUCUUUAUUCAGGCCGUACACGUGGUGCGCGUCCUGCGGGGUGGCGUCGCCUCGGCACGUUCUGGCCACCAGCCUUGUGGAGAAAGACGUGGGCUCCGGGGAUGGUGCGGAGACCCUGUCCCUGACCACGCUGGAAGAGAGCAGCGUCUCUCCGCGGAGCAGUGUCGUGGCGGACUUCUCUGAGUUCGAGGAAGAGCCUCAAGAAUUCAAUACGCUUUUCCCCUCGAGACCUAUUGUCUCACUUUCUUCUAGGUCUGUGGACGUCUCAGACGUGAGCGUUGGCAUUUCGGCUGAGGUGGAUGUGAGCAGCGUUGUGACCACACAAGUGCCCCCAUCCCUCAGCCGCCUCCCCGCACCAGCGUCACUUGGUCCUACUGCUACCGCCUCCUCUGUGGCUGAAACCCAAGUGAUGCCAUCCAGUGUGACCGCUGCGUUCUUCUUGGUCACCACCAGUGUUCUCCUGGACUCAUCUUUCCCUGUCACAGCAAACAGAAACACACCACUGGUUGCCAUCCGAGAGCCGAGUCUUCUUCCUUCUUAUAGUUUGGUUCCUUUGGUAGAGUCUUCGUUUUUCCCUGACCAAGAAGCUGCCAGUUUUUUCGAACACAAACCUGGAAGCAUUUUGGAUUUCGCAUCCAGCUUUUUCUCAACUCCCCCACUGGGAUUCAGCAGCUCCGUCCUUUCCCCUUUGGAAGCACGUGCUUCUUCGUCUCUGACGUCAGGUGACUUGUCACCCUCCAUGUCUCGGUCUUUUUCUACCUUGAUCGAGACAUUCACAUUGUCCAACUCUGUUGAUUUGCAAUCACCUCAGCAUUCUCUUCCUAAUUCCAUAAGCCUUGAGUCUUCUCAGCUCUGGCCAAGUUCAGACCUGCCUUUAAAUACCGUCACCUUCCUACCCAGUCACUCUGAAACGUCACCACGAUCCAGCUUCCCCUCUGAUUCUCCCAAGUUCACUGAAGCAUCAACAGUUUCACUUACAGAUUCUGAAGCUCAUUUUACCUCAGCUGUCACUGAAACUACCUCGUAUUUUGAGUUUUCACUCAUUUCCCGUGAAUCUGCAGUCACCACACUGGUGCCCUCCAGCUCUGAGCCCGUCCUUGACAUCUUGACUGCUGGGACUCACGUAACGCCACCGUUGACUGCUUUCCACGUGACACCUGUUCUAACUGAGUCUUCUGCGUUCUCAACUCCGACACCUUCCGAUGAGGGAGUCAGUGCCACAGGUGGUCACUCAUCUAUCUCAGCGUCUUUCUCCAAAGCCAUUCCCACUGGUACAGCAUUGAUCACUGACGUGUACCUGUCAUCAGCAUCCUCGUUUGUCUCUGAGUUGACUCCCUCGCCUCUGCCGACAGAGCUGAUCAUUGUGGGCCCGUCGUUCACACCCUCAGAUGUACUGCUCAACACCUCUGCUGAGCCGGGCACGUCUGACACUAGUGUUACCAUUGCUGUUCCCACUGACACCACCCUGAAUGGCAACACUGCGAGCGAGAGCCCCCAGGAGAGCAGCGCUGAGCCCCCCCUGCCCUCCCUGCGUCCUGUGACCACCUUCACUCUUGAAGCAACAGUGGACACUCCAACACUGGCCACCGCCAAGCCACCGUACGUGUGUGAUAUCACAGUUCCCGAUGCCUAUUUGAUCACAACUGUGCUGGCCAGAAGAGCGGUGCAGGAGUAUAUCAUCACAUCAAUCAAAGAAGUGUUGAGGAUUCACUUCAACCGUGCGGUGGAGCUCAAGUUUGUGCCUCCGAGUGUGGAUACUGGCUUCUGUAACUUCACCCAGCGCAUCGAGAAAGGCCUAAUGACAGCUCUCUUUGAAGUUAGAAAACACCACCAGGGGACGUAUAACCUGACGGUGCAGAUCUUGAAUAUCACCGUCAGUUCCUCGAGGGUGGCUCCUCGGCGGGGCCCGGUGAAUAUUAUUUUUGCUGUUAAAAGCACGCAAGGAUUUCUGAACGGCUCAGAAGUGAGCGAGCUGCUGAGGAACUUGAGUGUGGUGGAGUUCAGUUUCUACCUGGGCUACCCGGUGCUGCAGAUCGCAGAGCCCUUCCAGUACCCACAGCUCAACUUAUCUCAGCUGUUGAAGUCCUCUUGGGUCAGAACAGUCCUCCUGGGCGUCGUGGAGAAGCAGCUCCAGAAUGAAGUAUUUCAGGCAGAGAUGGAGCGCAAGCUGGCCCAGCUGCUCAGCGAGGUGUCCACCAGAAGGCGGAUGUGGAGGAGGGCCACCAUCACUGCAGGGAACAGCGUGGUACAGGUGGUGAAUGUGUCCAGGCUAGAGGGAGACGACAAUCCCGUGCAGCUCAUCUACUUUGUGGAGGAUCAAGACGGAGAGAGACUGAGCGCCGUCAAGUCUUCAGAUCUGAUUAACAGGAUCGAUCUCCAGAGAGCGGCCAUCAUCUUGGGUUACCGGAUUCAAGGCGCUAUUGCCCAGCCUGUGGACAGGGUGAGGAGGCCGUCUCCGGAGUCCCAGAGCAACAACCUGUGGGUCAUUGUCGGUGUGGUCAUCCCGGUGCUGGUGGUGACGGUGAUCGUCAUCAUCCUCUACUGGAAACUCUGCCGCACGGACAAGCUGGACUUUCAGCCUGACACUGUGGCCAACAUCCAGCAGCGUCAGAAGCUGCAGAUCCCUAGCGUGAAGGGCUUCGACUUUGCUAAGCAGCACCUGGGUCAGCACAAUAAAGACGACAUACUGAUUAUUCAUGAGCCAGCGCCACUGCCAGGACCUGUGAAGGACCACACCACGCCCUCUGAGAAUGGAGACGUGCCAAGCCCCAAGGCAAAGAUCCCUUCCAAGAACGUCCGUCAUAGAGGAAGAGUUUCUCCCUCAGACGCCGACUCAACAGUCAGUGAAGAGUCCAGUGACAGAGACGUGGGCGAUAAGACGCCGGGAGCAGUCGGCGACGGCAAGUCCCACAGAGCCCCGCAGAGUGGGCCAGCACUCCCCAGCUCAGGGAAUGAGCAGCAUUCGUCAGCCUCCAUCUUCGAGCACGUAGACAGGAUUUCCCGCCCCUCGGAGGCCAGUCGGCGGGUGCCCAGCAAGAUCCAGCUGAUCGCCAUGCAGCCCAUCCCAGCACCCCCGCUUCAGCGGCCCCUACCAGCCGACCGCGUGGCAGAAACCAACAAAAUCAACAAAGAGAUCCAGACGGCGCUGCGGCACAAGUCCGAGAUCGAGCACCAUCGCAACAAGAUCCGGCUGCGCGCCAAGCGCCGCGGGCACUACGAGUUCCCGGUGGUGGACGACCUGUCCUCGGGUGACACCAAGGAGCGACACCGGGUGUACCGCAGGGCGCAGAUGCAGAUUGACAAGAUCCUGGACCCCACGGCCAGCGUCCCCUCCGUGUUCAUAGAGCCCAGGAAGAGUUCACGGAUAAAACGGUCUCCUAAGCCUCGCCGGAAACACCAGGUCAACGGCUGUCCUGCUGAUGCCGAGAAGGACAGACUCAUCACCACGGACAGUGAUGGCACUUACAAAAGGCCGCCCGGUGUCCACAACUCUGCCUACAUUGGAUGCCCAUCGGAUCCUGACCUCCCAGCCGACGUGCAGACGCCAUCCUCGGUGGAGCUAGGGAGGUAUCCAGGCCUGCCCUUCCCCACCUCCCAGUACAUCCCGCCCCAGCCAUCCAUCGAGGAGGCGCGCCAGACCAUGCACUCCCUCCUGGACGACGCCUUUGCCCUCGUGGCCCCAAGCAGCCAGCCCGCCAGCGCUGCAGGUGCAGGCCCUGGCGUCCCACCUGGCCUGCCCAUGAACAGCACCCCUUCCCGGGAAGAGAGGCGAGCCACCCAGUGGGGGUCCUUCUACAGCCCAGCGCAGACAGCCAACAACCCGUGCAGUAGAUAUGAAGACUAUGGAAUGACUCCCCCAUCAGGCCCAUUGCCAAGGCCGAGUCUUGGCCCUGGUUUACUGCAGUCUUCGGAGCUGGCACCGCCUGAGUCCCAGCAGCCGCAGGCAGCGGCCGAAGCUCCGUUUGCUGCCCGCGGGAUCUACGCUGAGGAGAUGCCGUCAGUGGCCCGGCCUCGGCCUGUCGGGGGCACCACAGGCUCCCAGAUCCAGCACCUGACGCAGGUGGGAAUUGCCAGCAGAAUCGGAGCUCAGCCCGUGGAAAUCCCACCCAGCAGAGGCGGCCAGUACGGGGGUGCGGGCUGGCCUCCGUACGGGGAGGAAGAAGGGGGGCGGAGAGAGGCCGUGCCAAGGACUUCAGGCAGGGAGCCCUCAGCUCCUCCCGGGAACCUCCCCCAUCGAGGGCUGCCGGGCCCCAGCCUGGGCUACCCCACCAGCUCCACAGAAGACCUCCAGCCCGGUCACUCCUCAGCCUCUCUCAUCAAAGCGAUCCGCGAGGAGCUCCUCCGGCUCUCCCAGAAACAGAGCUCCGCGCAGAACUUCCACAGCUGAUCGGGCUCGCCUGCAGAUUUGCCAAGUAUCCGCUUCCCGUGGAAGCAAAGACCAAAAGGAAAUCAACUGAGUGGGUGUUUUUAAGAAGAAUGAGCAUCUCCUGGGCAAGCUGCCCAAGUAAGGGAGCAAGUUGCUAUUUUAGAAGAUGCCAUAAGUCACGUGACAGCUCACGAUCCUUUUACUGUGUUGGCAAUUUUGUGACCACUUGGGUUCAGGUGAAAGUUAUGUACUUUGGCCAAAAGCCGGCAGCACUUCACAAAACAAAACACAAACCCAAGCUAACAAAAUUACUAAAUUAGUCUCCUUUUUAAAGGCAAAACAUUAAAACGUGUAGAUGGUAUAAGGAUUAAAGGAAUCACGUGUUUCCGUGGGAUUCAGUCUGAUGUGUACGAUGAAGCUGCUGCUUUGUUUUCUGAGAAAAGAGAUUUGAAGACGUUUUAUUAACAGCUUGAUUUCCCUCUUUUACUCCAUAGGAACUUAUUUUAAUAGUAACAUUAACAGCAAGAAUAUGAAGACUGUUUGGGAAUUUUAAAAAGCUACUAGUGAGAAACCAAAUGGCAGGUUGUAGAGCCUGAUGACUCCAAACGAAGCCAUCACUGCAUUCCUCCUCCUCCUCCUCCUCCUCCUUCUUCUGGUGCUACAGCUCCAAGGGCCCCUCCACCUUCACGUCUGAGAUGCCAGUUUGGCUUGUCCAGUGGAAGAAUAUAUUGAAGGUUUCAUUUUCUUCUAGGGGAAAAAAAAGUCAUCCCAAACAGGGGAAAAAGCUCAGUAUCUAUUUGGUUAUUCAAGAUACAUAACAUAUCCAAGUUCAGAU